GGCCAGCGGAGAAUUUGCCAGUGAUUGCCCGUGGACUCUACUCCCUGCUUUCCCCAUAGCACAGCAUCUCCAACUGUCCAUUUCUGUGAGGGUACAGAUCCUUAAAGACCAGCCAGAUACACUGAACAGCUCAGAGGGAGGAGCCAACUCACCAGUGCGUUCCACCUGGCCCUCAAUUUCUUUGGACAGAUGGCUGGAUAACGAAAGUGACAUAAUGGUUAUUUGUGAAGCUAGGGUACAGUUGAGAGUUGUUCUGUUACUCUGGCUUGGGGUGUCUCUGCCACUUUCUGAUAACUCCCAGGAUGGGCCCUACCAACACCUCCACUCCCCAGAAAUAGUGAUCCCCUUGAAGGUGACUAACAAGGGUAGAGGCACAAAAGUUCUAGGCUGGCUAUCCUACAUUCUGCACUUUGGGGGACAGAAACACAUUGUCCACAUGAAAGUCAAGAAGCUCUUGAUUUCUAGACACUUCCAAGUGUUCACCUACACUGAUUAAAAUGCUCUCCGUAAGGAUCAGCCCUUUGUCCAGGACGAUUGCUACUAUCAUGGCUAUGUAGAGGGGAUCUCUGAGUCCUUGGUUGUUUUUAGUGCUUGUUUGGGGGGCUUUCAUGGAGUGUUACAAAUAAAUAAUUUUACUUAUGAAAUCAAACCACUAAGGCACUCUACCACAUUUGAGCACCUGCUUUAUAAGAUAAACAGAAAUGAUACAUACUUUCCACCUAUGAGAUGUGGCUUAACGGAAGAAAGACUAGCACACCAACUGUUGGACUAUCUAGAAACUGAAAACUCAACCUUGAAACAAAAUUCUGUUGAUGGUUGGGGGACCCAUUCAUGGUUUCUGGAGCUGGCUGUGGUGGUAGAUCAUGAUUUCUUCAUUUACUCUGAAAGAAACUUCUCAAAGGUACAGGAGAAUGUAAUCCUUGUUGUCAGUAUAGUAGAUUCUAUUUACCAGCAGUUGGGUAUUUAUGUGAUGUUGAUGGGGAUUGCCAUUUGGAAUCAAGAAAAUGUUUUUCCAAUACUAAGCAUAGAACAGGUUCUGGAGGAUUUCUCUCAUUGGAAACAAAUCAGUCUUUCCCAGCUUCAGCAUGAUGCUGCCCAUCUUUUUAUAAAACACUCAUUUAAACACGUGCUUGGUUUAGCGUAUGUUGCAGGGAUAUGUCGUCCUCCCAUUGAUUGUGGAGUGAAUUGUUUCCAAGGAGACCCUUGGUUUCUUUUUGCCCUAACUGUGGCUCAUGAAUUAGGCCAUACUUUAGGCAUGAAACAUGAUGAGGACUUCUGUUUGUGUGAGCAAAGUGGUUGCAUCAUGAAUGCUAUCAGGGUGAUAGCAAAGAGGUUCACUAAUUGCAGCUAUGCUCAGUUUAGAAAGACAAGUUUAAAUCAGGGAUCAUGCCUGCAAAAUUCUCCAAGUCCAGGGGAAUUCUUCUUGAUGAAGCGUUGUGGGAACUUUGUGGUUGAAGGAGAAGAGGAGUGUGAUUGUGGCUCUGUGCGACAGUGUGAACAAGAUCCCUGUUGUCUAUCAAACUGCACACUGAGUCCUGGAGCUGCUUGUGCAUUUGGGCUUUGUUGCAAAGACUGCAAGUUCAUGCCAUCAGGGAAACUCUGUCGACAACAGGUCAGUGAAUGUGAUCUUCCAGAGUGGUGCAAUGGGACAUCCCAUGAGUGUCCAGAAGAUGAAUAUGUGCAGGAUGGAAUGCCCUGUAGCGGAAGUGCCUACUGCUAUCAGAAGAGAUGUAAUGAUCAUGACAAACAGUGUAGGGAGAUUUUUGGCCAAGGUGCAAAGAGUGCAUCUCAGAGUUGUUACAAAGAAAUCAACUCUCAGGGGAAUCCCUUUGGCCAUUGUGGUAUAAAUGGAACAGCCUACCUGAAAUGUAAUAUCUCUAAUAUCUUUUGUGGAAGAGUUCAUUGUGAAAAUGUGAGAGAAAUCCCUUCCCUGCAUAAACAUUCUGCUCUGCAGCAUAUUCUCAUGAGUGGUGCCACUUGCUGGAGUAUUGGCUAUCAUUUAGGGAUGGACACACCUGAUGUUGGAGAAGUGAAAGAUGGCACGAUGUGUGGCCCAGGAAAGAUCUGUAUAGACAAAAAUUGUGUCAGUCUGUCUCUUCUGCCACAAGUUUGCCUGCCAGAGACCUGCAACAUGAACGGUGUCUGUAACAAUAAACAUCACUGCCACUGCAGUUAUGGGUGGUCCCCACCCUACUGUCAGCACAGAGGCUCUGGGGGAAGCGUUGACAGUGGUCCAGCAUCUGCAAAUGGAAGAGUUUUCUGGCCACUGAUUGUGAUUCUUGUUUUGUCUGUUUUGCUUAUAUUGUUAGCUCUUGGGCUUCAUAAGUAUGUUUAAAACAUUUUUGUUCCAUGGGAGGAGUGUAAGACUCACUCUUUAGGUUAAGAAAAUAUCUCUAAUUCAGCACUUUGUCUAUUAUCCCGUUAUAGUCUCAUAUAAAUAGAAAGCAUAGGAAAUACCUGGCGAGACAGCUUAAGGAAAGUGCGGAUCUUCUUUUCUUUCAGUGCCAGAAGCAUCGCCAUCAGUGAGGGUACUUCCCGCCAUGACUUAAAAUACUACUCGUUGCUCUUAAGAGG